ACAGAAUUUUCCGAUGACAAGUUGUUGUUCAGCCGUGGUUGAUAGUGAAUCGCCGACGAUGACGGUAGGCCUACUACCCGAACUUGUUGAUUGAAAUAUAUCGAAAGCCGAAAGGAUCUGGUUGGAUAUCAUUUUUCAGAAAGGGUGUCCUGAACCUUGAGGGGUUUCCAUAAAAAAAUCAAGAUGGCUGGGGAUGAUCCCCCGUUCCUGGUGGUAGGAACUGAAGUAAGUGCGAAGUAUCGAGGAGCCUUUUGUGAAGCAAAAGUAAAGAAGUUGGUGAAAAGUGUUAAGUGCAAGGUAUUUUUGAAGGAAACACAGUCAUCUCUAAUUAUCACUGAUGAUGGAGUGAAAGGUGUCUUGAAGAAUGGGUCUACAGUGGAAGUUAAAAAUCCGGAGACAGGCAUGUUAACUGAGGGUGUCAUCAAUCGACUAACAGACACCAGCAUGUAUACUGUCGUGUUUGAUGAUGGUGAUGAGAAAACACUCAGAAGAACACAGCUGUGUUUGAAAGGCGAGAAGCAUUUCAUUGAGAGUGAGACCCUGGACAAUCUUCCCCUGUCUCAUCCUGAGCACUUCGGAACUCCUGUGAUGAGCAGCAAGAAGGCCAAACGUGGAGGAAGGCAUAGCAUGGGGAAUGAUGAGGAAGAAGACACCAGUUCUGAUGAGAGUAUCCCUAAACGUCCUGUGUACAAGGGCAGAUUACAGAACAUGGUAGGGAGGGUGAUGCUGACUGAGAUGGGAGACAAGCGUAAACAACAGGUCCCUGUCCUUGUUGUGCUGCCUGAUGCCCACUCCACUGAACUACGCACCAAGGAUCAUCUCCUCAUCAAAUCUUUCAAAGAUGGAAAAUUCUAUUCAAUUGCUCGUAAAGACAUGAAGGAGUUUUCCAAGGAUACUGUGCAGAAAAAUGAAGAUAAAACUUUGAAAGCAGCAUUUGAGAAAUGCAUUGCCUACUAUGAUAACCAAGAUCUGCCUUCUUCGUGGGAAAGAGAUGAGCUACUUGGUACAGAUGAAGAAGAAAUCACAGAUGAUGAAGAGUCCUCUGAUGAUGAACCAAGUGAGGAGAAGGACAGAUUUGUAGCCCAGUUGUACAAGUUUAUGGAUGACAGAGGUACCCCAAUCAACAAAGGACCUACCCUUGGAAAUAAGGACCUGAAUUUGUAUAAACUGUUUAAAGUAGUGCAGAACAUUGGUGGAUACAAUAAGGUAACAAACCAAUUGAAGUGGCGCGGUGUAUACGCAAAGAUGAGUCUACCCCCUUCAAACACAGCAUCACAUCAAAUAAAGACUGCAUACAAGAAGUACCUUCAUGCAUUUGAGGAUUUUUAUCGUAAGCUUGGCAGUUCUAUGGGGACAAUCAGCCGUCCGGGGAGGAGUAGGAGUCACUCAGGAAGGGGAAUGCAUGUACCUUUCAAGAAAGAAUCUGAUAAGAAGGGAAAAGAUCCACCACCAAAGAAAGAAGAGGAGGCUGAAGAAAAGACAGAAUCUGAUACUGGAGAGACAGAGGGCAAAGAAGUCCAGGAGGCGAUGGCUAAAAGGGAGCGCUCACCCAUAAAGCGAACUAUGAGACAUGAAGCAACACCAAAGUCAGAGGAAAAAGUAAAGAAAGAAGAAGUAAAGGAGAAAAAGGUAGAAAAAGAUGAGUCAACGCCUAAGAAAACCACGAAAAAGGAACCCUUGAAGAAGGACCCUGAUAGUGCUAAGAAGACAGCUAAGGCGGUUAAAAAGGAAAAGGAAGAAGAAAAGAAAGCUAGGAAAGAGAUGUUAGCAGAACAGCUGAAGGAAAAGGCAAACGAAGAAAAAGAGAAAGAAAAAGUGAAAGAGAAAGUUGCACAAGAGAAAAAGGUUGUGCGUAGACGUUCUAUGAGAAAAGACGAGAAAGACACCGACUCCAAAGGAGAGGAAGAAAGUUGCAAGGAGGAAGAAAUCAAGAAAGAGAAGCCUGUUGAGAAAGAAACUAAACCAAAAGCUAAACCUGUUAUCAAAGAUGAAAAGAAAGACAAAAAGGAGGAAAAGAAAGAGGACAAAAAAGAAGUGAAAAUAACAAGAAAAGAACUGAAGAAAGCUGUUAAAUCAGAAGAGGAACCAAUGGAAAUUGAUAAACCUAAGGUAGUGAAGAAAGAUGGAAAGAAAACUAAGGUAGAGGAAGAUAAGUCUGAGGGAAGCGAGUCCGAGAAGCCAAAAGGAACACAGAAGAAAGAAGUUACCAAGAAAGAGGAGCAGGAUAGUGAAGGAAGCCCUGUUGGACCCAAGAAAGAAAUAAGGGAAGUCAGGACAGAGAAAACUCAAGUAGAUGACGACAAGGAUAAGGAAGAAGAUGGAGAUGAGUCUGAAUCCGACACCAAAUGGCCAGCAGAUAUGGAAAGCAGAGCUGAUAUAAAUGCUGAAUUUGCCAAUGGUACUAGGCUCCAGGUUCGCUACGGACGAGGCAGGAAUCAAAAGGUGUAUGAUGCUAAGGUGGUAGAAGCUGGUCUGGACAGUUCACAGGUGCAGUACUUGGUACAUUAUGCUGGAUGGAACAUGAGGUAUGAUGAAUGGAUUAAGCCCGAGCGAAUUGUCAACAUCAUCAAUAGACCGGACUCGGAUAAGAAAGUGAAGGACUGUUCACCAAAAGGAUCAAAGCAGCAGUUGGUGAUGAUGAAUAAAAAGAGAGGGAGACCUGGUUCCACCCCACCCCAGCCAAGCCCACCAAAACCGACCAUCAUUGUUGAAUCACGUCCUGGUCCUGUGAAGGCCAGAUCUCCCGCCUCCAGUACCAAAGCCAAGUCCAGACCCACCAGAUCAAACAGUGUGGAAUUUAAAGUCAUUGAUGGAUUACCACCCAAGUGGCGGAGGACAAGGAGGAACUCGGGAGUAACUGAGUCCGAUGUCAAUUCUCAAGGGUCAGACUUUGAGGAUUCUGAUCAAUCUGAUAUGGAUGCAGAUGAAAAAGAGGAUAUGGAUGCAAGUUCCCCUGAAAUAGAGGAAAUGGAGAGAGACACGAGUGUGGACUCAUAUGAUGAAGAUGAAGACAAAGGAAACGAGAAAGAUGUUGAUGCGUCUUCAGAGGAUAUGCCUAAACUAGAAAAAAAGGCAGAUGAAUUAGAAAUCCCAAAUCUUACAGAAGUCAAAGAUAUAUCUGAGGAACCUAAAUCAAAAACACAAGGCAGUAAGUCAACCGCCCCAGAAUCUGCUCCAGAUGUUAUCAUUGCUGUGACAGUGGCGGUUGAUGAGCAGGAAAGAGACAAACAAGAAGUUGAUCCCUUGGAAUCUGCUCCUCAGUUAGAGGCCGUAGAGGAUCUUACACCAAGUGAAGAACCAGCAGGUCAGGAUUCUUCCUCAUCAGAGUCAGACAAUUUAAAAAAGGAUGUGUUUAAAUGGGACAUAGAAGAGGAAGAAGGAGAGGGCGCUACAACAAAAGAGAUUGUUACUGAUAUGUUAGAUUCUUUAAAAGAACAGACUGAAAAAAAACUGUCUGAUCUUAUGGCAGAAAAUGCAGAAAAUGAUGAAGAUAUACCUCCAGUGAUGGCACCCGUUCUGGAGAAACAGGUGGACCACAAAGUGGUUAAUGAUGAUAUUGACAAACCUGCUCCGGAAAUAAGACCCGAAGUUAUCAAAGCAGAGAAACAACAGGAUACCGAGGAAAAAGAAGCAUCUGCGAAUGAUGUUUUCGACAAAUAUGAGUUUCGGGAUGAUGAGGAAGAAAUAACUUUACCUGACCUACGUGCAGAAGCAGAGAAAGAAUUGAAGGAGAAAUUGAAACAAGAGGCUGGGGAGAUUGAGAAAAGAAUAAUUAAAGGUAAAAAGAAGGAGGUCAAGGAAAAAAAAGAAUGCAAAGAAAAGGAAAAGAAGGAAGUUAAGAAAGGGAAGAUGACCAUGGCAGAGAGAAAAAUGGUGAUACUGCCAGAAGGAACACCAGAGAUUGAGUAUGAACCUCCACAGAAAAAAGCCAAAGAGGAAAAGCCUUCUCCAGCAGCAGAGAAAGUCCCAGAGACAUCUACAGAAACAGCCAUGUCAACCUUAGACAAGGUGAUCAGUAGUGUGUGUGAUAAAGCAAGGGAGUUUGUCAUGGAGGAAACAGAAGGAGAAAAGAAAAAAGUGAAGAAAAAGGUAAAGAAAAAAGAAGCAGAAGUGGUAACACCAGAAGUAAAACGAGAGACAGCAAAGAAGGAAACUAGUAAAGGUGUGAAACCAGUGAAAGGGGAGAAAACUCCUAAUAAGGGGAAAGGUAAAAAGAGCAAGGACGGUGGAGAGGGUGAAACAGAACAAUUUCUGGACAGUCCAGUUAGUACUUCAGUCAAAACUGAUGGGAAGAAUGAGUGUGCGAUGUCUCCAUCUGUUAAUCCCUCAUCACAUGAUGUGGUCAGUGUUAAAACCAGAGCUGUGAUAGAUCCUGCGUUAGAAAGUAACCUGCAGAUGCUCUCAGGUGUCGAACUUUUGUCUGGUAUAGCUUUAAUGAAUGCAAACGUGGUAAUUGGUGGUAGGAUGAACUAUGGGGAUCCUCCAAAGGAAGUGAGUAGUAGCUCUGCAGCUAAUACUGUGCUGGACAAUACCCCACCCACCACUCCUGAGCAUGACGACUCAGAUGGUGCUCAGUGUGCUUCUCGGGAUCAUUCCUCAUCAUCACAAGAGUCUCAAAAUAAAUCAGAACUUGACAAUGGUGCUGAAAACGAACGGCAAUUAGUAGGGGGUGAAUCUCCACAUGGUAAUGCUAGUCCAUCAUCAAAUGAUGGCAGUGUCGGUAGUGGUAAUGUGGCUUGCUCUGAGAGCAGCAAUUUAGAUGUGCCAGUAUCCUCAAAUCUCGGUAAACGGAGGAAAGAAUCUGAAGAGCCUACACCAACAAAAAAGAAGAGAAAAGCAAAAUCAAAAACAACAUCUGAACGCAAAACAUCAAAAACUACAGCAGGUAGUGACAGUGAUGAAGGAAACGAGGGAGAAUGCAGUCAAGAUCCUAACGCAUCAAACAGCAAAUUAUCUCCACACGUACCUGGUUCAACUCACUCACCACGCCCAUCCCGCUACAACCUCAACCUUGAAGAGGGAAAGUAUUUGGAGGGAGAAAAAAGAAUAUCAUUCUUGAUGGAGAAAAUUCAGGAAAUACGCAAAGUGUAUAUGAACUUGAAAGCUGAAGUGGCCUGUAUAGACAGGCGAAGAAAGCGAGCACGGCGCAAAGAAAGUGCUCACCAUUCAUCAACAGCAGCUGAAACCGAAUAUUGUCGGUGACAGGGCCAGUAUCAAGAGUUUUUGUACUUAUCAUCUUCACUCAUCAUUACAUCAUCUUCAUAACGUGCUUUUGUUGACAAUUUGACAUGACUGCCAUCCUAAAGCAUGCUCCAUAGUACUGUGCACUGGUGGGUCAUUGGUUGCAGUGCUAUUCCAUGGCAUGCAUGUUGAAGUACAUUUUGGAUAAAUAUCAUUUACCUAUUUAUAUACAUUCUUACUACUGAGUGUUUCUCUUGUACGUUGUUGGUGCAUUUUACAGUGUGUACAGUUUACAGAUGUUUGUAAAACACAGGUAGUCAGUUUUCUGUGUCAUUUCCACAAAUGCUCUAUUUUCAAAUGGACUAGAAAGAGAUAUUUCAGGAUUGUUAACAAGAUAUAUUUUGUUAAAUGGUCAUUUGUAGGGAUAUCAAAACAAUUUUUUUCUUUUACUUCAAAUGAAGUAUCUCUAAUUCUGGUAAGCUUUAUUUGAUAUCUAAACCCUUUGCCCCAUGAAAGCACCUUUUGACACCUCCCCACUUUCAUGUUGUUAGCGUUUUGGAUGCCUCUACACUGUCUUUGUGUAAAAGGUUUUAGAAGCCAUGCUGUUUUGGUUUAUUAACUCAUUCACCCAUGAAAUUUUAUAAUGAACUAUUCCAAACAUUGAAUUGGAAGAGUUAAAAAUAUGUUUUCAGGGGUGAAUGAGUUAAACCACAUGAAAUAAGGUUUGGAAAAAAGCAAAAUGAAAAUGUCAUAAUUUCUAAAAUAUAUUACUAUUUUUCAAUAUUUGUACAUGUACAAGAAUGAUUAAUUUCCUUUUUUUUUUUGAAAUCUACAAGAAGUGUAAUGGAGAUUCUGUUGAUUCCAAAUGUGUUGCGUUGUAAUAACACUUUAUUUCCCAACAAUAUAGAGUGGCUGCUUGGGACAAAAAGUUAAGAUACUAAGUAUAUUGACCAAAUACCCAAGGAAUGAUAUGUGGUUUCGUCAACAGCCUGAGCACAAUAGUUAGGGAGGGGAUGCAUUGUACUUAACAAGUUGUCAAUUAAGAAUGUGAGGGCAGCAGUAUAAGGCUGUGAUUUUCUUAUAAAUACAUGUACAUGAAUUGUUGACAUUUUGAACAAAUAUGUUUUAAGCAUUAAGUUAAACUGGAUACCAGUGUGCAAUGUGGAGCGGCCAACUGAUUAUACUUGCUUCUUUUUUUUGCUAAUAUAUGGCAAAAUACCAUUAAUGUUGUGCAAACAAGAAUUUUGCUAAACAAAUGUGAAGAUUUUUAUAUUUAUUUAUUUAUUUGUUAUUUGACAAAUAUAAAUUUUUACUGAAUUUUUGUUUUUGACUGAACUAUUUUGUUGUAUUACAUUUUGAGAACCAAUACAGAAGAUGAGCAUGAUCUGUCAUAUGCCUUCACUAAUUUGUGACUUUUUUAAUAUCAUGGGAACAGGAAACCUAUAGUGAUAUUUUUAUGCAAAUUGUGUAGGAGAUGUGUUAUGCCUGUUUUGAUAUAAUGUCCAAAGAUCAAUCUUAUAGAAAGCAAAAUUUAAUUGUUCAAUCAACUUAGUUGUAUGGGUAUAAAUGCCACUGGAUGGAGAUAUCUGAAUUCUUGGUCAUUCACAAUUUCAUGUAGAUAAUGUGGGUAUUUGUCGAAAAAUAAAUUGUGAGUUUAUAAAAUCAAAUUGGAUGAAGGAUGAAAUUUGAAGCAAACUUUUUUUAAUAAGAGCAUAUAUUUUUUUCUAAUAGGAAGAAAAUAUUUUUUUUAUGGAAUCCGAAGAGUAUUUAAAUUUCUGUUCUAAACAGCAUUAGUGAUUUUGUUAUAUAUAUGACAUGUUAUCAUAAUGAUGCCAUAAAAAAUCAUAUCGUGACCCUCGGAACCUUAAUGUCUCUUGUUGUAUGUUGCAUUGCAAUUAAGCCAAAUUUCUUAUUUCAUUGCAACACUUAAGAAUGACCAAAGUUGUAUCCUCAGUAUUUCUGUUAUAUUUAGGCAUACAUAUGUACUAGAAGGUUGGUAAGAGUAUACAGAGCGUGAUUUGAGGGGUAGAUUUUUUUUGCCCCACACACUUCUUAGUCUUGCCUAAAACAAGCUCUUGGCAUAUACUUUGAACACUCAUCUUUUAUGGUCGAUUGUAUAGAACAUUGUGGUUAAACUGUACAAUUUUUCUGAAGUAUAGGCUGUAGUGUCACAUUAUUAAAGGUUCAGGCUAUGGUGUUACAUAGUUAACGGCGCUGUCAGCAAUUUAUAACAAUGAGUUUCUCCUAUAACAAUGGGUUUCUCCUAUAACAUCUGGUUUCUCCUAUAAAAAAUGAGUUUCUCCCAUAACAAUGGAUUUCUUUUAUGACAUUGAGUUUCUCCUAUAACAAUGGGUUUCUCCUAUAACAAUGGGUUUCUCCUAUUGCGAACAAAUCUGAAAUUGUCUUCCAAAAACUUCCAGCUGUACCAGGUGUUGCUGAAGAAACAACAUCAUUUUUCAAAUUUUGAAAAAUGUAGGUGGAUAUGGGAAUUCACUUGUAUGAGAAGUGCUAUUAGAGUAAGGAGCAUAUUUUGUUAUAUGUUAUAGGUGUAUAUUUUAUUGAAGUAAAUUAUAUAUGUUGGCAUUCUUAUAAAUGAUGAAAUAAGCAAUAAUAUCAUAGUGUUUGUGAUAUUAACAUGAUAUUCUGAAGCUUGUGAUACUGUUGAAACCUUUCCAAAGCUUUAGAUAUUGUUGUCAAUAUUGAAUUCCAGAAUGAUAUUUUAUCAAUAUCCCGGUUUUAGGUUUUAAGGCAAUUGUAUGAUGAAACAAAGAUCAAUAUUUUUCUGUAUUGAGUUUAUUUAGACAAUCUAUUUCAUGUAAAUAUUUGUUUUCCUUUCUUGUCCCUUUUCUCUCAUUGUAAUGUUAAAAUGAUUACAAAGAUAGAAUUCUAUCUUACUAUUUUAGUACCUAAUGUAGAGUUCAUUAUCUAAUUGACCUUUACUAUGCCAACCUGUGCUUCCAGCACAUUGGGGCUCAAGCAAUGAGAAAAACAAUGGACACAAUUUAAGCACCCAGAAGCUGUGUAUACCAACUAAAUGGGUUUAAACACUGUUAACCUAUGUCUACCAGCUAAGUGGGGAUCAUACACUGUUAACCUAUGUCUACCAGCUAAUUGGGUUCAAACGCUGUUAACCUAUGUCUACCAGCUAAAUGAGGAUCAAACACUGUUAACCUAUGUCUACCAGCUAAUUGGGUUCAAACGCUGUUAACCUAUGUCUACCAGCUAAAUGGGUUCAAACACUGUUAACCUAUGUCUACCAGCUAAUUGGGUUCAAACACUGUUAACCUAUGUCUACCAGCUAAAUGGGUUCAAACACUGUUAACCUAUGUCUACCACCUAAUUGGGUUCAAACGCUGUUAACCUAUGUCUACCAGCUAAAUGGGGUUCAAACACUGUUAACCUAUGUCUAUCUGCUAAAUGGGGUUCAAACACUGUUAACCUAUGUCUACCAGCUAAAUGGGGUUUAAACACUGUUAACCUAUGUCUACCAGCUAAAUGAGUUCAAAAACUGUUAACCUAUGUCUAUCAGCUAAAUGGGGUUCAAGUAGCUGUCAAUACCUACCCUCUAGACCUCGCAGCCGGUUAAUACUAUCUUAUGUCUGUUAUUGAUUUCCAAUGGCGUUUUGUUCAUGUAUGAACCUUUUUUACUAUUGUUGGGAGGCACACAUUAAUCAACUGAUAUUUUUUUUGUUACUUUUAUAUAAGAACAGGCUGCAAUAAUGUUGUGAUGUUUAAUUAUGGACUUAUUCAGGUGUUAUGGUUUGUGUAGUGAAAUUGUCUGCCAGAAA